AUGGGGUGGGGAAGGGGGAUCUACGACGGAGUAGUGGUGGUCGGUUCACUGUCGCUGCUGGGAUGGGCCGGGCUGUGGUUCUUGAACCGUAGACUCUACAAAGAAUACGAAGAGAAGAGGGCUCUCGUUCAGAUCAUCUUCAGCGUCGUAUUCGCCUUGUCCUGCAAUCUCUUCGAGCUCGUCCUCUUCGAGAUCAUUCCUAUUCUUUCCAAAGAGGCGAGAUGGAUGAAUUGGAAGGUGGAUUUGUUUUGUUUGAUAAUGUUACUGGUCUUCAUGUUGCCUUACUAUCAUUGUUACUUAAUGCUUUGCAACAGCG